AGCCGCAGCGCGUUCUCGCUCGGGCCCCCUGACCCGGGAAGGGUGGGCCCGGGGUCCUGCUCGCCCAGACGGCCCUCAGCCUAGUCCAUGUGGCCCCAAGUCCCACUGCCUGAUCCCCUGCGCCCCGGCGGAGGAAGCCCAGUUCUGCCCACGGGUCGCGUCCCCGGUGCAACGCGCUUCUCCCCGGGCUCCGUCCCACUGUCAGGCGUCUUUGUCCGUCCCCGACCCGCUCAGCCCCCGAGGAGUGUCUGCCCCUUCGCGGGGCGCGGGCUGGGGAACUCGGGGGAGAAGGUCUGGGAUGCCGCGGACGUGCUGCGCCUGGAGCCAUUCUUCCUGGAUCUCGGUUCCAAAAGAUGAGUCAUGGAUAUUCAGAAAACAACAAUUUCCUGAACAAUAACAACCAAAUGGUGUUAGACAUGAUUCUUUAUCCAUUAAUCGGAAUCCAUCAGACCAUCAACUGGGAAACUGUGGCAAGACUUGUGCCGGGAUUAACACCCAAAGAGUGUGCAAAAAGGUUUGAGGAACUGAAGCUCAGGGGGUGCUCCCCGGUGGACAACCACUACAACCCCUUAAUGGCUACUGGAGAGAAUCCUGUGGAAACUUUAGCCCUGUAUAUCAAAUCCUCGAUGCUUGAUACACAGGGAGAGUUUCAGGAGUCCCCUGUUGGUGAGGAUGCAGUUUCUAAAACAGGAAGACAUAGUUUAGCUUCCACAAGGAAUUGUUCUUCAGAAAGUGAAAAUGGUACUACUCGUAAUGGUGGAGAAAAGACUGAAGAAUCUGAAGGGCCAAACAUGGUGAUACAUGUAUGUGAUGAAGCAAAAAACUUGAAAGAAGAUUUUAUUUGCCCACGGGAUCUUUUGAUAGCAGAAAUGAAGUACUUUGCUGAAUAUUUAUCAAUGGAUGCCCAGCGCUGGGAGGAGGUGGACAUUUCAGUUCACUGUGAUGUUCACAUUUUCAACUGGCUGAUAAAAUAUGUUAAAAGGAACACCAAGGAGAAUCAAGACUCUGAGAUGCCCAGUUUAGAACCAGGAAAUGUCAUUUCUAUUCUUAUUUCAUCAGAGUUUUUGAAAAUGGAUACACUAGUUGAGCAAUGCAUUCAGUAUUGCCACCAAAAUAUGAAUGCCAUAGUUGCUACCCCAUGCAACAUGAACUGUAUUAAUGCAAAUCUGCUCACACGUAUAGCUGACCUGUUUACACACAAUGAAGUUGAUGAUUUAAAAGACAAGAAGGAUAAGUUCAGGAGUAAACUUUUUUGUAAGAAGAUUGAAAGACUUUUUGAUCCUGAAUACUUGAAUCCAGAUUCUCGGAAUAAUGCAGCAACAUUAUACAGGUGUUAUUUGUGUAAGAAACUUUUGACAAAAGAAACAGAAAGAAAAAUUCCUUGCAUUCCUGGAAAAUUUAAUGUAGAUCGACAUGGAAAUAUUAUCUACAUUCACAUACGAGAUAAGACGUGGGAUGUUCAUGAAUAUUUGAAUACUCUUUUUGAAGAAUUAAAAUCUUGGAGAGAUGUUUAUUGGCGCUUGUGGGGAAUAGUCAACUGGCUGACUUGUUCAAGAUGUAAUCAGGCUUUUCGCUGUAUAGAACUUUCACAUUGUCAGUAUCACUCAGAAAUAGUGAUCUAUCCUAGUACAGCAAGUACACUGAAUACUGUUGGCACUGGAAUUUAUCCCUGCUGUAGCCAGAAGGUUCUUCGUUUUGAUCCCACUCAACUCACAAAGGGCUGUAAAGUGAGGGAACACUUGGUUCUUCAUGAUCAGGAUAAAAAUGAAGACAUGCUGCCCUGUUCAACCUUCAGAAUACUGGACGAUCUACACAGGCACAAAGAUGUGAUCGUGGUGCCUUUUUCUAAGGAUGUAGUUAGUGAUUCAGGUGUUGGUGUAUCUGAUGACAAGGGCCUGGACUGUGACAUUGUGCUGGAGCCAAACACCCCCUGGGGCCCCAAGGGUGGAGGAGAGCUGAAUGCUUUCUUGUCCCUGAAAAACUGGACUCUACAACUGAAGCAACAAUCAUUAUUUUCAGAAGAAGAAGAAUAUACCACUGGAUCAGAGGUUACUGAAGAUGAAGUUGGAGAUGAAGAAGAAGUAUCCAAGAAACAAAGAAAAAAAGAGAAACCAAAGAAGUUCACUAAACAACCAAAAAAGCAGAUGCCUUCACCCUGUGGAGGUCAAAAGAAAGAAAAGACAGCGGAGAAGUAUUCUUAUUUCUUCAUGCCUUCAAAGGAAGGAAUAAAAACCCAGUCAUCUUCUAGAGAUGUUUCUCCAUUUAUUGUAAGUAUGCAGAGAAAUAAGUGGGAUGCCACAAGAUCCUUGAGAUUCAAUCAGGAUGCACAAAGAGAAGAUGAUCAGCGGCGGAUGUCUGAAAUUACAGGACACCUGAUAAAGAUGAGAUUGGGGGAUCUGGAUCGUGUUAAGUCAAAGGAAGGAAAAGAAUUUGCAGGAGGUAUUUAUUCUAGGCUGGAAGCACAAAUCAAAGCCUCGGUGCCAGCCAGUGCACGGCAGACCAGCUCAGAGAAGAACACCAGGUCUAGAAAUCGGUUUGGUCAAGGGCGUCCUGCAUAAAGCACCUUAAAAUGCACCUGAAAAGACAGAAGCACACCUGAUGUCUGAGAUCACUUACUUCUUACAGAUCUCCAGUGACUUCUUUGUGUUUUAAUUUAUUGUUCUUGCAAGCCACAUAAGCUAUAAUGCAAAGGGAAAUAUAUAUCUAGUUGUUAUCAAAUCUCAUUGUAAAUAUGAAACUUCAAUCUUUCUUUAGUGUAGAGUUAGGCUGUGUAGGAAACUCCUAUUUACAAAUUUGCAUAAAAAUUCCUAUUAUUUGUUAUCUUUAUUUAUUUGAAAGAAAAGAGACCUCAGUAUAGAGAGGUUUUU